AUAUUGCAAAAAAAAUUUUAACGAAAACUGAGAAUUCUAAAAAAAAUUUAAACGAAACUAAAAACUUAACUCAAAAAAGUACAAAAUUUACAACGAAAACUAUCUAAUUUACAAAAAAACAUAAGACCCCCCAUGAAAACCUAUCCUAGACCUCAUAAAAUGCCCUCUAUAUGCCCUAAAACGGAAUAAAAGUAAAAAAACAGCAAAAUGCAUCGCAUACAACGAAAACCUUCUAGUGAAACUUUAACCAGUGUGGGUAUGGAUAGCACCCUGGACUCGCGUAUGUCUAGUGCUGAAGUACCACAAAUGGAAUUGCUAAAGGUCAAUUAUGUUCACCAAUGCAAAGAGGCGUUUAUGACUAAAACCGGUUCAGUACCCAAUUAUAAUUUUAUGGAAUUUAAAAAAUGUUCUCCACAUACUCUAAGCAACAUAACACACGCCCUACCGGCCGUAACACGUAAGAAUAUAGCCCGGGUAACGGUAAAUCGUCUGGAGGCUCCUAAUAAACCUUUGCCACCACCACCACCCACUGUGGAAUCUUGGCAGUUUUUGCAAAAUUCCAAACGUACUACCAAUUCACCGCCGAAAUUUAUUAAGCCACCUCAGGAAGAAAAGAAUGAUGGUUCUUCUUCAUCCUAUUGUCCCUCGACAUAUGAUGGGGCCUCCGAAUCGGAUGCCACCUUAACGGGAGAUGGUGUUAAGUCUAAUAGUUGGAAUUAUCGCAAUAAAAUGUCGACAUGUGACAUAAGAAGAGAUAUGGCUAGGGCUGGUAUAAAGUCAAGGGCAGAUCGUAUAGCUCGUAUAGAGCGAACAGAGUGUGAGCAUAGUAAACCCGAAAGAGAGCCCGCCAUAGAAAGAACCGCUGAUAGUAAUGUUAAUCCCAAAGAAGCGGUAGCCAAAAUCAAUCAAAUGUUUGAGGCACAAAAACAAAUAAAAAACUUUCCGCCACAACCCAACCGGCCGGCACCAGUGCCCCACAAAGAACCCAAUCGUCGACUUAAACCACCCAACCCGCUUAAAGAUUCCACACAAGUAAGGAGUUCAUUAAACAAGACUAACGAUUGUUCAGAGUGUUCGGAAUGCUCUCAAGAAUCUUCACGCACUAAUUCAUCUUGUUCGGAAAGUUGUUCCCUAAUAAGUCAAGAGACUGUACAAUAUAGGCGCAGUGAAUCUAAAGAUCGUAGAGCGGUAUCACGUAUACCCAAACCUAUACCCGAUAAACACUCCUCACGUACACUAAUACAAAGUAAUAUGCAUAAAACGGAAAGUGAACGCUCGAAAAGAAAUGAUAGAAUACAAAAAUCCAAAUCCAUAGAACAGUUAAGUGAUCUGGAUAAAGAAAGCCAAACGGCACAAGAAAGACACUCUUUGGGUAUAGAUCAACAGCUGCUGAGGAAUACCCGCAUUUCAGUGGGUAAUUAUCAAAAAGCCAAAGUGGAACGAGUGCAUAUACGUAAGAAACGUCAGCCGCUUUUGAUAAUCAAUCAAUUAAAUGAACCAGAAGUGAAACGGAAUGAAGAGGGACAAGUGGAACGUAAAUCAACUUGUGGUUAUAAAAAUUGUAGUUUUGACAAUUGUCCCAUGUCGCCAGCGGAUCAUGAAAAUAAACACAAACCUUUUGAAGAUGACUGCAAUAAAUUGAAACGUUUAUCAUUGGAAAGUAACUCGGAUUCGGGUGUCUCCUCUUCGCAUGACUUUAAAGACGAUAAGAAAAGAUUAUCGCAGCUAAAAAACAUCGAUAAGUGUUCGGAUGUUAAACAAACACAUAAAAAGGCAUUAAAUAAAUCCGAACACUUUGAAAAUUAUGCCUAUGAAAAGUUCAAAACCGAUAAAACCGAAACAAAAGAGCCUAAGAACACGGCAACACAAGUGAAAAUAGUGCAGAGCUCAUUUAACACGCACUACAAUACAGCCGAUCCCAAUGAUGUUAGCAAUUUUGCCAAAAAGAAUCUCACCAAGGCCACUACCAAUGAGGCUUUAAAUAAUUCCUCUUCCCUGGUAAAAACUACAACCAAACAGUGCAACAUAGAAAAUGAGCAAAGAUUGAAAUAUCAAAAUAAUUUACAAACCCCCAGUAAAACUUCAACGACCCAUAUCAAAAUCGAAGACGACUGGGUAAAGGAGGAGGCUGUCGAAAAUCAAGAAGAUUAUAUAGAAUGUGAUUCUUUAAUGAUUACCGAGAAACCCAUAAGAAAACCCAUUAAUAGCAAUGAUAAUGCGGUAAAGAUCUUUGUUAGAAGUUCUCAACAAUCCAAUGAUUUGUGUAGAUCUUCCUGUGCCUCAGCCAACUCUUUUGUUUCACAAACUUCUGUAUGCACACAAAAUUCUACCACCUCCAACAGUUCUUUAACCAGCUCUUCGGCCUCUUCGGUAACCUCUUCGGGUUGUGGUAGUUCUAAUGCUGACAAUCAAUCGCUAUGUGAUUCCGAAAGAGAUUGUUGUUGUCAACUUACCAAUACGGCGGGUAUGUUUUUCAACAGACCCUGUUCGGCUCUUAGUCAUGAACAUCAACGACUAUGUGCCGGCUCUCCUCUAUCUUCUACAGAUGCUAUAAGCGAUAUAAGCAGCUGUGUAACUUGUUCCACAAAUUCCAGUACAGUUAUAUCACCCCUAGCACUAGCUAACACCGUACAAUGUUGCAAUAACAGCAAUGGAGUAUUUUGGAAUAAUUCCUAUAUGUCAAUAGAAGCUCAAGAAGAGAAUAAUUUACCACCUUGCUGCUGCAGUGUAUCAUCAUGUGAUGAUGACAAUUGUUCUUAUUAUGAAGGAGAAAAUAAUAGCAAAGGCACAGGUAAUGAACUUGUUGUGCGCUCUAGAGAAAGUGACAGUACAAAUAGAAUUAAUGAGGGUAGAGUUGGUGGUGGUGGUGUUGCCGGUAGUGACAAAGAGAAUAAAAAGGAGCUAAAUCUUACAUAUCAAAAGCAUCAUACAACACAGCAGCAAAUGCGAAAUCUAUCGUAUCAAAAUCAACAUCCCACACAACAGCAACAUCAAACGAAACGUAAUGUACGCAAUAGUAGUGCUGAAGAGAUAUUAAUACGUAAUCAAUUGUUAAGAAAGACUGAUGUUAUACACGAAUUACGUCCACGAUCUAUGGAUGGUGUUGUAGAUUCGGGUGUAUCAUUAAAUGGUGACAGUAGUUGUGGCCCAGAUUCCGGUGACCAUCUUCAAAAUCAGCAGGACUCCGAGGCCAGACGUUUAAAACGUGGUCAUGUUCUAUGCGAACUUUUAGAAACGGAAAGAAUCUACGUUAGUGAAAUGAGUUCAAUAUUAAAGGGUUACUGCGAUCAAAUGCAUUCGGAGGAAAUGAUCCAUUUAGUACCGGCCAGUCUUCAGGGUAAAGAAGAUAUAUUAUUUGGCAAUUUACAUGAACUCUAUACGUUUCACAAUGAUGUUUUUCUUAAGGAUUUAGAAAAUUGUAUAUCAACCACUGAACUGGUAGCAUUAUGUUUUGUACAAAGGCGUGAUACUUUUUAUCGUUUAUAUUCCUUCUACUGCCAAAAUAUACCACGUUCAGAUCGUCUGCGUGAAACAUUAGUUGAUACUCAUCUCUUUUUACAAGAAUGCCAAAAACGUUUAGGUCACAAGCUUCCCUUGGCGGCCUAUUUACUAAAACCAGUGCAGCGUAUUACCAAAUAUCAAUUGUUACUUAAAGAUCUGUUACGUUUUAGUGAUAGCGGCAGUUGUACCAAAGAAUUACAGAAGGCUUUGGACUGUAUGCUCAUUGUUUUGAAAUGUGUCAAUGAUUCAAUGCAUCAAGUGGCUAUAACGGGAUUUCCGACCGAUUUAUCUCAACAAGGCGAGCUAUUGUUGCAAGAUUCAUUUCAGGUUUGGUCUGAAUCGAAAAAAGACUUACGUCUGCGUAUAAAACCCCAACAAAGACAUAUAUUUUUAUAUCAAAAAUCUAUGUUGUUUUGUAAGCAAACUUCGAAACCGGGCCACAAUAAGAGCACCUAUCAGUUCAAGCAUUACUUAAAGAUGUCACAAAUUGGUUUAACCGAAUCCGUUCGCGGUGAUACAAAACGUUUUGAAGUUUGGUUACAAGGACGUCAAGAAGUUCACACCCUCCAAGCACCCACAAUCGAAAAAAACAAAUGGGUGGCGGAAAUCAAACGAGUCCUUCUCAAUCAACUGGAAGAAUUAAAAGGUGAAAUCAAACAGUACGGUUUAAAUCACAGGGGUCUACGACAAACCACCUCCUGGGAUACGCCCAAUAUAAUAACAGCACAACGUACCAUAAGUUGUGAUGCCUCAUCCGAAUCCUCCAAUCGCAAUUCUAAUUGUAGUAGUAGUGAUGAUAAUUGCAUAACAACGGUCCUGCCUAUAAGUAGUAAUAUGUCGAUGACUUCGGCCGCAAGCACUACAGAUAAAGAGCACAAUGAGGCCUGUGGCUGGAGUUCGGAUUAUUCGAAUAGUGAAGAUGAAAUGUCAAUGAUUGAAGAUAAUAGCACACCGCGUUUCAUAAACUUCCUAGCACCAUGGUCUACCACCAUUACUACUACUACAACUAGCAGUCAUCAUCAUAAUCAUCAACAUCACGACAGUGGUUCAUAUCCACGCAACAGCAAAUCUAAUUCCAAAUUUUAUGUUUCGGUUGAGCACUAAAUUAAUCCAAAAAUAAAAAAAACCAAACAAAUAAUUAAAAAAAAAAAAACGAACAACUAAAACUCAAGUCUUGUUAAAAUGAAUUAAACCAAAACUCUCCAAUCCCCCCAAGUGCAAUAAUUUAUAUUAAAAUAUAAUUAAAAUUUAAGAAGAAAAAAAAUCAAACGAAAACUUAAAAAAAUCAAGUACAAUUUUCAACUGAAAACUUUGUAAGAAAAAUGCUAAAAUUAUGCAAAAACACGGAAAAGUAGUUAAAAUUAUUGUUAAAUUUCUUUUAGCAGUAUUUAUUGUUUAAACAUAUUUUAGAAAAUGAAGCUGAAAUUAGUCAAGUCCCGCAAAAUAAAUAAUGCUCAUAUUUGUAUAUAUUAUUGUGUUUAGAUUAAAUUAAAUGCUAAAAUAAAUAAGUUUAAGAUUUAAAGAAAAAAAUCGUUUAAAAACAAAA